GCGUAUUCUGCUCUUUUCUCGAAUUCUUAUCAUGACGUUGAUUAUUAUUACAAAUAUUAAUAAUAAUAAGCACGUUGUGUCUUUUCAAUACAAGCUCGUUUCUCCGGUACAGAUGAAGUGGCGUUGUGGUAUGACUUGCUAGGGGAUGCAGAGUGGUGCUUCUUCGUAGACUCAACACGUCAGUCAAUCAAUUGUGACUGUCGGAACCUAUUACAACUCAUCAGCAUGUGCAUUAAUUGUUGAUGGAGGCCCUGCUUAAUGAGUGGCUGUGGCAAGACAGGUACUGGCUGCCUCCCGGCAUCCACUGGCAGGACAUGGAUAUGAGCGACGGUCACUAUCCACUACCCAGAGACCUCGUGUACACUUUGCCAGUGGCCUUUGCUUUCAUAGCAUUGAGAUAUGUUUUUGAGAGGGUCAUGGCUGUCCCUUUAAGCAAACAUUUAGGUGUGAAGGAUCGGAUUAGGAUUCGAGCCGCUCCUAUUCCAAAACUGGAGAACUUCUACAAACAGUACAACCGUCAGCCGUCGCAAAGUGAGUUGGCGAGCUUGGGAAAGCUUUGUGGACUCUCCCAGUCAAAAAUUCAAAGCUGGUUCAGGCACAGGAGAAACCAGGACCGACCCACCAACACCAAAAAGUUCUGCGAGGCCUCUUGGCGCUUUGUCUUCUACCUCGCGGCUUUCACAGCAGGGCUCGGCUCUUUGCUCGAUUCUCCAUGGUUUUGGGAUCAGAGAGAGUGUUGGCGGGAUUUUCCUAAACAGGUUGUCACCAAUGCCCAUAGCUGGUAUUACACCCUGGAACUUGGCUUCUAUCUGUCACUGCUUCUCUGUGUUUCUGUGGACGUGAAGAGAAAAGAUUUCAAGGAGCAGGUCAUUCAUCACAUUGCCACCAUCUUUCUCAUUGGUUUCUCCUACUGCGCCAACUACGUGAGAAUUGGCACACUUGUGAUGCUGGUGCACGACUCGUCCGACUUCCUGCUCGAGUCGGCCAAGAUGUUUCACUACGCUGAGUGGACCAAGACGUGUGACUCACUAUUUGUCAUCUUUUCUUUGGUGUUCCUGAUUACACGGCUGGUAGUGUUUCCUUGUAGAAUCAUCCACACAACGUUGGUGUUAUCUCUUGACUUCUUCGAGCCCUUCUUUGGUUAUUACUUUUUCAACGCUCUCCUGUUAGUGCUGCAAGCUCUGCACAUCUUCUGGGCCUAUCUUAUCCUGCGAAUGAUCUGCAAGUUUAUGUUCAACGGAAAGGUGGAGCGUGACGAGCGCAGUGAUGAGGAGAGCGAGGCGGAUGAGGACGAGGAGCCAGAAGAAGAAGAUGAGAGCAGUUGGGAGCAGAGGAAGGGUGCCAUCAACUCCAAGCUGGCGUCGCUAGCCAACAACUGCGUGCUCAACAACCUGACCAACCAGAGGAAUCUCAACAGCAGACUGCCCAAAGCCAGAUAGGGUCCAGGCAAAGUUUAGGUCAUUCUUGACCAAUUUACCUACGGUCCAUCGAUGAUUUCAUGCCACCGUCAGCCUAUGUUUUGCUUUUCUUCAUUCCACAAUAAGAGGCAGUGAAAAAAAGCACAAAUGAUUGUAAAUCUAUGCGCCCGGUGUCACAUUGGAAGAAAACGCCAUCACUUUUGUGAUGCCAACCUUGUUUUCAUUUUGUAUUUAUAACGUUUCUCCUCAGUGUUUUGUAAAUGAGAUAUUUUAAUUGAAGGUUUAGAACGCUGUUUCCCAACCCUAAUUGAGCCAAAGCCUCCCAUUUUUACAUUCCAAAAAUCUCACAACACGCCAGCAAACAAAAUGCCACAAACAGUGUGAAUACUGAGAUUAUGAUCGCCUCUCAAUUUACUCACAAAUUUACAUACUCGGUGUAAAAUCCGGAAAGCUGAUACAUUUGCUGGAAGUCAUGCCUUAUGAAUGGCAACAAGUACCGGUAGGUUUAUUGUACCUUCUGACAUCUGCUGGAAGAGCGUUUAAUUGUUCUGCCUGUCACUGUACGUCACCAAAAUAGAAAGAAACAAAAAUUUGUUCCGAAUUAAUAUAGAAUCAUUUUUGGACAAAUCAGUGAAAGUGGAUCAUUACCCGCGGCACCCCUGACAAUCUCUAACAGAACACUACUGUGUCACAGUGCCCUGGUUGGGAAUCACCUGUGUGGAAAACACCUUUCUUGUUUUUGUUGUUGUCAAAGUCAAAUUUCCCCCCAAAAGAAUGUGUAUGGCAUAAAGGUUUUGAACAAGUUACCAUCAUCAUAGGCUGACUGUUCAGAGGUAUUUCAUUGGUAAAUUUGUUGUUUAAUCACUUCAGCGACCAUUUUUUUUCAUCGGCUCUUUUUGCCCAUUUGUUAACACAUUGAGGAGUCAAGCUAAUUUUCCAGCAAUGCAACUUCUUUUCAGGGUGACCCUCCUUUGUACAAAUGUGUGGGAACAUCAUGUCACACGGUUCAAGAGAUUUUUUUUUUUCUGCACGUGAUCGCGUGAUGUCUCAAAAUACCACAACAGAGAUAUAAAGCCUCGGGUGGCCGAUGAACAGAUCCCUGUAUAUAAUUCCCUCCCCAUAUCCAAAAUAUUGAUGCCUUUGACGAAUACAUGCUCCUAUUGGCUUUGCUAUUCUUUUCUACUAAAUCAUGUGACAUUUUUUUUUGUUGCGGUUUUCUGUACAGCACUUUUGUUUUGUGCCUUAGCCUUACUGUUUUUACACUACCCUGUGACACGUAGGAUUACCUUUAAACACUGGAGGUCGUGUCUCGCUUAAACAUUUGGUGAAUCCACCUGAGCACUGUAUGCACCAAUGGGCAUUACUUAAAAUGGACUCUUCGGUCUGCAAAGGGAAAUGCGGACUCUUGAAGAGCAAAAUACUGUUUGAAAGCAGUAAAUUCAUGAGUAUGAAUUUGUGGUUACCGGCAGUAUAACACAGGGAUAUACUCACACAAAAGACAAGUGUGCUAGAGCAAAGUGGUGGACAACAAUAUGGAGCACUAAAAGGGCUGAACCAUCAACCUCCAGUAAUUUUUGUUUUUCAUUAAAAGUGGCUCAAACCCUC